UUUCAAUCAGUAGGGCCUGACUAUCAUUAUUUUGAUCAAACCGGCGAAGCAAAUUUCUAAGUUGAAAUUAAUUAUUUGAAUUUAUAGAUCUAGAUCUACAUUCAAUAAACUUCAAAAUGUCUUCUUGGAAAAAAGAUAAAACACAGAAAAUUCAUAGAGAGCGACCGCAGCCUGAGGAGCGAAGGCAUCUGGGUAUGCUAGAGAGGAAAAAAGAUUAUGUAGAAAGAGCAAAAGAUUUCCAUAAAAAAGAAGAAACUAUAAAAAAGCUGAAAAGAAAGGCUGAGGACAGAAACCCCGAUGAGUUUUAUUUUAACAUGACGAGGACCCAGAAACUGGAUGGUGAGCACCAGCUACGUGAAUCUGAAGAGCCAGUUGUUACUGAGGAGCAAGAAAAAUUGAUAUCCACGCAAGACAGAAGAUAUGUGCUUUACAGGUUGUCCAAGGAAUUAAAGAAAAUAGAAAAACUAAAGCAGUCAUUGCAUAUGAUUGACAGCGACCAAAAGAAAAAUACUCACCUGAUAUUUGUCAAUUCUAAAAAAGAAGCUGAGAGUUUUGAUGCUGCCAAGUUUUUUGACACUCAUCCAGCUUUCAUAGACAGAGCUUUCAACAGGCCAAAGUUAGAUGCACUAAAAACAGGGACUUUCUCUUUAAACUCUGAGGAACUUGAAUCUGUGAUGACAGCUAAAGACGCAGCUUACAGGGAGUUAACCAAGAGAAUUGACAGAGCGCGGGAACUUAAAAUUAUUGCUGACAAGCUGGAAUCCAAACUUUUUGCCUUGGACAAAACCCACAAGAAGAAGUGUGUGGUACCAGAGACCAAAGAAAGCGCAGCACAAUACAAAUUCACUUUCAAGAGACAAAAAUAGAUGUGUUGUAUGCUUAUUAAUAAAUUUAAAAAAACA